CAGGCACCUUCGUCUCAAGUGGAAGCAGCCCGCUGACGAUAUAUAAAUAGUGUCCAUGGUGUUCCUUUAGUCUGAGCCUAAGUUCACGUUCUUCCAGGUACCGUUUAGAAGCAGCAGUCUUCUAGAGGCAUCACAAUGAAGCUCACGCCCAUGUUGAUCACUCUGUGCCUGCUGAUUGCUGCUGCGUCCGCAACAUUUGUCCUUGGUUACGGCGUGAAUGGAUACGCUGGGCUCGGCUACGGACUGGGAUCUUACGGAGGCUAUGGCGGCUAUGGCGGCUCCGGCGGCUACAGCAGCUACGGCGGUUACGGUGGAUAUCCCGGCUAUGUUAUCUACCCAUCUUACGGAGGUUACCGACGAUACCUCGGAUAUGGAUACUACGGAUAAAUAAUAGAAAGGCCCCACAAAUAUGUCUCUUUGGUAAAGGAUGAGUACUGAAGAAAAUAUAAAGAGAAACUCCUGAAGAAUAAAUAGCGUCAUGAAAUGGUA